ACGUGGACCGCCAUUUCACCGUAUCACAUACAGUCACCCACAUACAGACGGUUCUUUCAUUGGCGUUUCACGGCACAGAAAACAAACACACCUUUCCUCAAAUCGAACACGCGCUGCAUUCUGGGAAAUGAAGUAACUGUAAUUCCUGGCUGGACACCCUGAAUCAGGCUCAUGAGUAAAUGUGCUUCAGGUUUGGCUACAUUCCUGAAAGCGGGCUGUGCGUACUUCCAGAUGACAUGUAAGGCCAACAGCUGAAGUGACUUCUGACUUUGCCACCUGGACGGACACAGACCGGAGCAACAAUGGGCGGCGGUGAGUUUGACCAUCGAACACCAGCUAGGGCUAAUGUUAGCUGCUGGACGCGGUUGAGAGAAAUAAACAGGGUUUAAUGGAGGGCUCAGAAAUCUGCUGGCCUGUGGGUGUGCAGUCGGUAAAGCCUGUGUUUCAAUUGAGGAAGUGAUGACAAACCUUGUAGGUACUACGUUACCGUACCAACAUUACUGUCUCUGUCUUAACACAGACUAAAAAUGCCUGCUAACGGCCCUCAGUUACAUUCAUUUAUACAGUUUUACUCACAUAUACAUUAAAAAUAGUCUUAGCAGAUCAUUAAGUUCUUAAAGAUACACGCGAUUGACCCAUCUGAGAAUUGCUGUCUCAGACUGAGGUGCUGCAACAUUUGAAGUGUCUGAUCCGGACCUUAUUCUCUGAGGAUUCACUAUUUGGCAAUAAGGCAUAGUCCAACUCUGAGGAAAUAACAAAUCUUGUUCUUAUGUGGCGUUCACAGACACCACAAACUCCUCCUUUAAUAAACACAGUAAGUAUCUUUCAGCCACAAAAUAAACAAGCGUAUUACGAUUUAACGCUAACAGCUGAAACAAGCAAAAAACACGAAUAAUACAAUAGAUGUAAACAACGUUAUGAAUAAAUCUGUACACUUGUAGAGAGGAACUUCUUCUUGUAAAGACAAAUACAGAAAUGUCAAAGGAGAUAAUCCCAUCAUUUUGACCUUCUGUAAAUUGCACUAACUGAUUAUGAGAAAAAGUGAGUAUAAUAUUCAGACUAAAGGUGUGUUUGAUUCAAGAGUGACUGACCUGGCAUGCCUUUUGAAGUCAGAGGGGUUUACAGUCAUGUUAAUUUAUUAAUUUAUUAAUCCAUCAAGCACAAAGACAGAAAAUUAGUUUGGUGACCUUUGAGUUACAUAACAUGGCAACUUCAUCUUCUGCCUUUCUCUUUUCAGAAAACGUUAGCGUGGCCUUCAAGCUGUACUGCCUGACUGUGAUGACAAUGGUGGCAGCCACAUAUACAGUAGCACUACGGUACACAAGGACCAUAACUACUGGAGAUAUGUACUUCUCCACAACUGCAGUGUGCGUUGCUGAGGUCGUAAAAUUAAUACUGAGUCUGGGAAUACUGUCAAAGUAAGUGUCUGACUGUUACAUCCUCUACCACAUCUGGCACCAUACUUUUGUUAUCAUUUCUAGUUGAAUGUCUGGUGAAUUUGCAACGUAUCUAACAUUGGAUUUCUAGUUUCUAGAAUUUGCCUGCAAACUGGUCACAAAGCAAGGACAAAGAAGAAAAUCUGUAUAAUAUUAGGACUAGAAAACUUGACUUUUUGAGAUACUUUAAAGAUUUCUGUUGCUGUGAUCUACUGGGUUAUUUUGAUACCUCCAAAGUCUGUGUUGGAGCUGCUGAUAGAUCAUUUAUGGAUAUUUUGGAAGAGCCAAACCAAAAAAAAUCAGUCAUAUUCAGGUAAGAGGUAAUACAGACAACAGAUAAUAUAUUUGUGGCUGGGAUUUAGUGCCCUUUCUUAGGCUACAACGCAGCUCACCUGUCAGCAUGCAUUCACGAUUUUAAUUGCAGUCAGCAAAAAAGCAGUUUAACAAAAAUGGUUGCAGUUAAAACCUUCAGCAGAGACUGACUGACUGAUUGGAUACUGUGUCUAAUGUUGAAAGUAUGACUUUAAUGAAAUCAAAGGGCGAAAUACAGGGACAUAUGGAUUUGGAUGUUUACCAGCCACCACCAAAGAUAGGCGUUUCCAGCAACUUCAAACAAAGAUAUAUAGAAGACCAAAUAUUUCUUCCCACUGUGUUUGCUUGUCUUCUUUUAUAAAGUUACAAAUAUGACGUAAAAACAGCAACUCAAUGCGUGAGUGCAGAGUAUUUGUUGUGUACAUACUGGUAUUUUAAUUUUAAGUGUUGUCAUCUGAAUGGAAAGUUGAGGAAAGGCCGCAGAGCAGAGCUGCAGCUGUUGAAGGCGUCCUUUAAAUACAGCAGUCUAGCUGUGCACAAAGAAAACUCGGCUUGUAAUGGAGUUGACCUCCUUUGUCAUCCUUCUGUUUUCGUAUUUUUUGCUUCCAGAGAAUCAGGAACCCCCAGCAGACUGAAGAACACCAUAGUGGAACAUGUUUUUUGCAGCCCAAAAGAGCUGCUGAAGCUGAGUGUGCCCUCUGUGGUGUACGCAAUCCAGAACAACAUGGCCUUUAUUGCCCUGAGUAAUCUUGAUGCUGCUGUUUAUCAGGUACUGACAGAAUCAUAUGUGCUUGAUGUUGAAUAUUUACUGUCUGAAUGCUUCACAUAGUAUCAGGAUGUGAGUCACAAGAGCUAUUCUACAGCAAUUAGUGAACAGUUUAAACAUAAAACCUCUCGGAGGGUCAGGAGGUGACUGCGGUAAAUGUCGACUUUGAGAACCGGACACAGUCCAAAGAACUUUAACUCUGGAAUAAAACUGAAUCAAGUCCUCACACUGUGGAGACCUAAGCUACAAAGUGCUCUUUUCCUCUUGAAAUAAUGACUUCAAGAACCGUCAGGCACCACAAAAAUACUGAUUUAUUUUCUGGCUGUUUUUGCUGCUCAAAGAAAUACAUCAUGUUCAGUGGCUUUUUUUGUCGUCAUAGAAAAGUUGUUUCCAAUGUAAAAUAGAAAUUUCAGAACAGUUUAUCAUAUUUAACAUCAUGGAUAACACAGGUUGGGACUUUGUUCCUGAAUGAAAUCAUAAUAUUUCUAAGAAUCAAUCAAAGAAUAAAAUCUAGAUCAAUUCCAUUUAAUGGUAAAAUUAUCUUAAAAACUGGUAAAACAAAAAAAAGUACAGCUGCUGUUACAUAUGAGCUAGCUUGCUUUUCUUCAUCAGAUUCUUGAAAGUAAUCUCAUUUUUCUGACAGUCUGUUUUUUUUUUCAUGAUUAGCCUUUUUAGAAAUAUAUAUAUUUUGAAUAAAAGUGUCUUUCAUUUAAGCUCAGAUGAAAAGGAGGUCUCUUCUUAUAUCCUCAUAUGUGCAACCACAAGUUUAAAACUUGAAAUACUCUAGUAUGGUCUAACCUUCUGUAUUACAUUAUAUUAUAUUAUAUUAUGUUAUGUCAUAUUAUAUUAUAUUAUAUUAUAUUAUAUUAUAUUAUAUUAUAUUAUAUUAUAUUAUAUUAUAUUAUUAUUAAAGCUUGUUUUAUAGUAUUAUAAACAAGCAAAGCAACAAAACCAGAUAUACCAGCAAUACAAGCGGAACUCUUUCUGGAUGAAUUAUUCCAACAAGUUUAUCAUUAAAGGUCAUGAGCCUUCCUGUUGUUUAAUUUUCCUUUAUUUGCUUGAAGUUUCAGCACAACUUGAUGCAAGAUCAGCUGCAGAGAGCUGAAACUGUCAGCCCACUUAGGCUGUAAUAGAUCAGGAACCAACUUACAGUCAGAGCCCUGACUCUGACAGUGGAGUUUAUAAUGAAAAGAAAAUAGUGCUAUGAAAGGAUUAUUGCUGGCAGUUCCCAUUGAAUUGUUUGCAGGGCUGGGUGAUUACUUGAACAUCCAGUUCACUCACAGUUUUGGCCUCACACAGUCAUGAAAACAAGAUAGACAAGGUUGUAAAGACAACUGUGCUGAUGUUGUCUUAUGCUCCUUUUGUCCUGGAAGGUGAACUGGGUGCCACCCUCCCCUCUCUCCAUCAUAAAGAGCAUACUCUCCACUCCUUCCCUUAACAGCCUUUAUACGUUUCUAUCAGAAGCUAAGACCAGUUGCCAACAAAGUUUAGGAGCACAAAGAAGUUGUGGAUACCGCAAAAUGUUGUAUGUGGGCUCUGUUGUAUCUUUAAAAACGAAAAUAAAAAAAAACAUGGGAAAAAAAAUGAAAAAAAGAAAGCAGGUGCUCGAAACAUCAUGCAACUUUAAAUAAAUCUUUCUGCAUUGGAGCUCGUUCUGGUAUUGCAGACUUUUUUCCUACCUUCGUCUCUGUUGUAUCUUUAACAUGUGCCAAAGUAAUACAUGCAACCACAGGUUGAGAGAAGAGGUGUGUGUUAGUCAAGCAGAGGGGCAGAGUGAGCACAAGGACACAGACGCUUUAGCAAUAAAUAAUUAAUAUAAUGAGCUCAAGUCUUGACCUUGUAGAUUGAUAAUACUGGAAUAUAGGUGAGCCCUGCAGCCUGUGAUAAAAUGAAGGCCAGGACUCAGAUCAUUGAGUUUUGAAUGACCAGUGUUUGUCUGUGUAGGUGACCUAUCAGCUGAAGAUCCCCUGCACAGCGCUCUGCACAGUCUUAAUGCUGAACCGCUCCCUGAGCCGUUUGCAGUGGUUCUCUGUCUUCAUGCUCUGUGGGGGCGUGACCCUCGUUCAGUGGCAGCCUGCAGAGGCCACCAAAGUUCAGGUGGGUGUGGCAUAGGUUAAAUAUUAAAAUGGAGACUGUGUGCACGUCCUGUUACUGAUGUGUUUAUAUUGUUGUCACUUUGCCAAAACAGAAGUUCAGGUCACUCACAGUCCUCUCGUGCUGCCUCUUUUUUACAGAUUGAGCAAAAUCCUUUAGUGGGGUUCAUAGCCAUCGCCAUUGCUGUCCUCUGUUCAGGAUUUGCAGGUAAACUCAUCUCUGUGAAAAGACUGGCGGUGAUCUGUCUUUGAUCUAGUUCACUGGAACACUGUGCCACAUAUGCUAGACGGUUUUAUUGAUACAGCGCAAACACAGAGGUAGUUCAGAGGGCGCCACUUAAGCCGAGACAAGGUGCAGCAAUGCAGCUCAUACCAAAAAAAUGAGGAGUACUAACCACAAUACAACAGUCUGAGAUAAUAAUAAUAAUGUCGUCAGAGAGAACAAAGAUGUUUGUCAAAGCUUCUCUGUGAAGGAAACUAUCUAAACUUCAUGAAGAUGUUUAGAAGCUGCAAAUGGAAAUAUACUCUAAUAAAAUGAAACCAAACACGGGUUUUGAGGAUCCCUCAGGUCAGCUAAGCUAACACGUGACAUACACUCAAAUACACACGCAAGCUAAUUUAAAUUUUACUUGUUUUUGGACAAAAAAGCACAUCAGCUAGUACGUGUUGCUCCUGUUAAAGAGAAAUCAGAUCUGUUGCCCUGUUUUAAUUUUUUCAAUGAAAUAUUUUCCUGCUCCUAACUGUCCUCUCUCUACUUUUUAUUGAAGGGGUGUACUUUGAGAAGGUGUUGAAGAGCUCCAAUACAUCUCUGUGGGUCAGAAACAUCCAGAUGUAUCUCUCUGGCAUCGUGGUCACUCUGUUCGGUGUUUUCAUAAAUGAUGGGGAGAGAGUUCUGGAGAAAGGCUUCUUCUUUGGUUACACACCCUGGGUGUGCUUUGUUGUGUGUAAGUAAAGGUAAACCUGAGGAUGUUUCCAAUCUUAUUUCACUUUUAUCUUCCGUAUAAGGACAUUUCUGUUUGUGUGUCAGUCCUUGCCAGUGUGGGCGGUCUGUACACGUCGGUGGUGGUGAAGUACACAGACAACAUCAUGAAGGGUUUCUCAGCUGCAGCCGCCAUCGUGCUCUCCACUGUGGCAUCAGUCCUCUUGUUUGGACUACAGAUAAGUACGUUAGCUUCUCACAGCUACAUUAAUGUCCUAAAAAAAUUCUACACUCAGACUCUGGAUACUUUCAGAGAAUUAUACUUCAUUUCUUGAGCAUCUCAUUCUGCUUCUCUCAUCCUCUUGUGCAGCGAUCGCAUUCACCUCUGGGGCCCUCCUGGUGUGUGUCUCUAUCUAUCUAUAUGGACUUCCAAAGCAAGACACAACAAAGUUGAAAAAUGUGGACAAUCAGGAUCCAGAAUCUAAAGAAAAACUGAUCAGUGUGUGAGCUCCCAACUGGAUGGACCAGGUUUUCUUACAGGUCACCUUUUCAGGGGACCUUAAAGAGCUCCAGGAGGAGCUGAGGUGGGGACAACAAAGACCUCUCAGUCAGGUCGGCUCCUUAGUUUUUCACAGACAGCUUUAAAAGACAGGAUGUUCGUCUGCUCAUCCAGGCCUGCUGAGAGUCAUAGCAAUUUUGGAUCAUUUGAAAAAGUUCCUUUCAUUUGAGAAGACUUUAAGUUAAUAAUUGACAAUAAACACAUAGCUUUUUCUUAAAACACUCCCUAUUACCUUGAUUUGCUUUUUAAAGAUUGUACAUCAUUGAAAACAAUCAGAGAUUCAUCCUCAGCCAUGCUGGAGCCAUAUGCAGUAACAGGAAACCCUCUGAUGCCUCUGUGCAGCUGGUACCAGGGGCACAUACACAGAAGUCCUCAUGAAGGGUUUGUUUUCAGUCAGUUUGUUUUAAACUGUGCUAUGUGAGUGUCUUACUUUAUCACACAGUGCUGAUUCUGAAUGUGAACUACAAUUGAACAACAAACAAUGAAGACUGCACUUGUCGUUGUUAAUAUAAUUUCUUAAAUGUCUUGAAUCUUUUUGUAUCACAUCUGUGUCGCCCUUUGUUUUUGAAGUCUUAUUUUAUUAAAAGUGGCUAUUAAAAAAAAGCUGGAAAA